AUGUCCGUCAAAUUUGAUCAGGUAAAUGGUCUUGUAUCCGGAAAAUACGGCUUCCCCGUAUCUUUUGAUAUGAUCUGCGCUCAGUCUCGGUGGGAAAAUCUGUUCCUACCGCCUUCACCCUCCAUUUCAGAUGACCCUGCCAUCGCUAAAUCUUCUCCUAGAUCCUCUCCGACUUCUUCUACCUCUCCGAUUUCAUCCGACCUAUCCUCUUCUAGCCAUAAUAGAGAAUUCACCUCGGGACCAAAUAAAACUACUAACCGUGAUGUCCAGAUUAACGCUGAAUUUGCUGCAGCGACACCUGAUCCCGUGUUUGGCGAAGAUGGCCAGUCGGCCAGUAAAAUUCUCGCCAAGCUGCAGAAGUCUGCUAUUGAGAUUGGAGACGUCCUUUUUAAAAGUCCUGAUGGCAUGGUGCUACAACCGACCUUGGACGAGUAUAAAUAUAUCUACUCGAAGGGCAAACAGACUAACGACAUCGCUGAACUUGCACCUGAUUAUGGUGAUUGCAACAGUCUCUAG